UAAAGAGACGGAGUGAAAUUUAUCAAUACAAAACAUUUCAUACUCUCCUUGACAGAUAAUGCAACCAUGGGAGCAUGGCUACAUUGCCUAGGUACUACAAUAUUUUGUAUGCCCUGUUUGGAUAUUCGUAGGUGUAAAUAGAAGUGUACAAAAUAGCAUGUAUUUGCAAUGCAUACUGAUGCUUGUUAUGUACUUUUGAACCUAGGUUUGUACAUGUGUGUGUGUGUGUUCCAUGCGUAUUAGGAUUAGGGUAAUCAUUGCCGUUAGCCUGCACGGAGGGGAAAACUACUUCGCCCUCUUGUCGUACCUUUGCUUCUCUACGUUUAUCCCUCUAUUCGAGGGUCUACCCUGCAAUGUGCACGGGAGUGCAAAGGAUGCAGAAAAGUUUUAUUGUAUUUAUUUUUCCGCCUGCUGUAUGCUGGGUUUGGUCGUGUGCCACCGAAAGUUAUUGCCAUAGAUGCGAAAACCCGGGCACAACGUAAAGGUAAAGAAUUCGAUGACAAAAAUCGGCAGCUUGGUCGAUACAGCAUUCAUUCGGUUCUGAAUAUUGUGCGUGAUAAGAUCGAUCGGUUGGGUAAAGUGACAACAGUUCUGACAACACAAAAGUACGUUUUAUACGCGAGUGAGAAUACAUUCAGGCAGCAUGGCAGCAACACAUCCGCUGUACAAUGAGUACCAAGCCAGCAGCUACUACAACUCUUGUUACAACUAUUCGCCGCUUGGGCAAGAGCAGUUCAUAGCAAAUCAUUAUCAAACGUCUAUGCAGUAUGCGAAUAAUGAAUCGAGUGUGCCGCAGAUACAGCAACUACAAACUCCACAGUACACAUCCCAGCAACAGCAGGCAAAUCAUAUUCCUUCAGCAGCAUCUUCUUCGGCGAGUGGAUAUCCAAGCACGGGGCCAUAUUAUCCUGAUGGACAAUUUAGCUCAACUCAGUACAACGGGAAACAUAAUCAGCAAGUAGAUCAGUGUGGCAAUCAGUUUGAUAGCUAUUUUGGCUACCCAUAUCAGCCUCUUGCGCAUCAUAAUUCGUAUGGCGCACAAGACUACGCAGGCGAAUACUGGUUUAGAGCAAAUGAACCCGAGUGCUUUAAUGUUGGAAUACCGAGUGGCAACAAGAUUGGGGAAGUCGUCAAGGAACCAGCGUUGAAAAGAAAGUAUUCUGAGGACGUUGAUAAACUAGCGGAGAAAGUGUCCGCUGGAAAAGGCAAUGACACAACGGACUCUCCCGCGCUUCGAGCACUGCUUACUAAUCCGGCUAAAAAGCUGAAGUACAAUCCUCAUUACGCUAACGGCGCGAAGAAGAACACCGUGCAUCGAGCAGGAGCAACGAUGGGUUGCAGUAAUGGCAUUCUUUCCCCUGCUGCUAGCGAUCGUAUCGUCCCUGAUAUUGUGCCUUUAUCGCCGAACAAAACAGAUGAUAGUAUUGACAGUUUGUUGGACAACACCUCAAAGCACGGUGUUGAUAUGGCGCAAGGCGCAAACUAUACGCUGCACAAUCUGGGACAACCGAGCACGCCGAACUAUGAUGGCGUUAGCACUCCGCCUCUUUCACCAAAGGAUAUGGAAAGUGCGAUCUCAUCCCAAGGGCUAACCGGCCAGUCCUGGAACCAAAAUGGAGAUUCUGAAGAUAAUCCUAAGGAAGCUUCGAAACGAACUAGGCAAUCAUACUCCCGUCAUCAAACGCUUGAAUUGGAAAAGGAGUUUCAUUUCAAUCGGUAUUUGAAUCGAAGACGUCGUAUUGAAAUUGCGAACACGCUCAAGCUCACCGAAAGACAAAUUAAGAUAUGGUUCCAGAAUCGACGUAUGAAAGCAAAGAAGGAUCAUUCGUCAUCGACCAAAACACCGGAUCUAGCAUUGGAUGGUGACUUAUCGCAGCCAUCGGUCGUAGAAUCGGCCGUGUUAGCACAAUCGCAACUUCCGAUCGGUACUGAAUCGCGCUCGAUGUCGUUAAUUACCCCACCUUCUGCUACUGGCUCUAUUCAUCAGUUAGGAGGUCUUCACGCUGAUCAGCAUGUAGUUGGCCAGUGGCCAUAUCAUCAUCCGCACCACCCGCAGAAUCAUUACUACUACUCGCACCAGUUAUCGGAUCACUCGCCAAACGGUUUUCAGAACCUAAAUACCACUUCCGGCGGAGCAUCGUACAAUCAUCGAUCGUAUCAAUCGACUGCGAGUUACAUUGCUUCGAGUUUUGUAUGAAACAGUAACAGCCCAUCUUAGUUGUAUCAUCUAAGUUUCCCAGCGAUCAUGUGAUGCCUUGCCAGUAAACUUUUGUAAAGAAGUAAUUAUAUUGUAUUAAACACACUAGCGCUUCGAUAUGUGAUAUUUAGCUUGAUAUGAUAUCCCAGCGGAGAUUGAAGGUUCAAAUGAAAUUAUAAAAUAAAUUACAGAUAGGAAAAGAAUAGAACUCGGUCACAUUCUGAUUUCGGACGCGGAGAAACGCCAUUUAUUCGGAAUAGUUGUGUAAUCGACCCCGCUAGGUUUGAUUGCAUGAGGCAGCUGUCCUGGGGUGAAGCUUUAGCAUUUGUGGUAAAGUGCAGUUUUGUUCAUUUCCACACGUAAACCAAAGUAAGGAAAUGAAAACCAUCGGUACCGGCAGAAUAUGAGGGAAGUGUGUGAAUGUGUAUGGCUUUUCGAAAACACCAGAAUCAGCGUGUGAAGCGGAAUGCUAAACAUAUGGGUUUUCGGGAUGUUUGCUUUCACAUUGCAUCCCUCGGCCGGAAAAGCAGGCAAAGCAUGUGACGAGGGGACAAUCAUAUCCCUCAGCGGCGGUUGAAAGUGCAUCCCACGAAAAACGAGCAGAAAGAAAAGCCUCACGCAGUUUCGACCAUCGGCAGGGGUGGCGUUUCUUUACGGAGCAGUGUGCUGCCGAAGGCGUACGUAUCGAACACAUGACGGUAGGCGAGUAAAAUCUGCCACGGUGACAGCUUAGGACGAGAUAAUCGCCUCACAGUUAGCACAGCAAGGGCGUUUCGGAAGGUGAAGUAGUGUGGUAAGAUGUCAUGAUUGGUUGACGUACAGAUUUAGGCGUUAAUCUGAUCUGAGCUAAGUGCUCAGCAGUAGCGCUUGAAAUCAAUGAUUUUAAUGUUUGGUAAUUACAAUGGCUUUGAACAGACACUGCGGCCGUGAAAUGUUAUGCUUCUAGUGGGUGUUUUUCUUAUUUAUUCCAAUUUCGAUGGAUACACAUGAAACUGAGUACGAUUGUUAAGCUGAAUUGGGAUGUUUCUUACAUUGGUGGAACUAUGCUUUCGGGAUGCUCUUAUCAUGUUGGACGUUUUCUGAGAAUUGGUGGCAGUGGUUGGUGGAUAAAAUAAUUAAAUUGUAGUUCCGCUAAAGACGAAUAUGUAUUUUGUUCGGUCCAUAAAAAGUUAAUGUUCCGGAACUGUCGCCACAUAAUUUUAAUCACGAAACAAUUUUUAAUCUUCACUGAUCUCGGCUGCAGGCAAACCGAUCUGUGCUGCAGGUUUUCUUUUUGAACGCUUUCCUUUUUAGUUUUGUUUUGUAAACCUUUGUUUCUGGCAAUGAAUGUUGCCUUACAUUCGUCUUGAUCUGGCCGGUCGGCCGGUAGCAUCGCGAAGUUGUUUCAGAUCGAGGUUUGCUUUUGAGAGUAGUUGACUGUGGCCACCAUAUGCAAACGUCAACCUCGCUGGUGGCAUUCAUGUGUGCCGUGGGUUAAUUUAUUAGCCGGUUCGAGACAGAUUCGCGAAGCAUUCUUGAUUUUUCUUUCCCUUUAUCUUCACGUUGAUGCUGAACCUCAUUUACGACAUAUCAGCAGUAAGAGCGUUAAGUAUGGGCGAGUAUGGGCGAUAACGGAGAUGACUGAAACAAUUAUAGGGAGAACUAAUUUUUAGUAAAAUGUAUUUCACUUUACUGACAUAAAUCCAGAAAUAUCCCAUUGCUACUAUUUAGAAAACUGCUUGAAAACAGAAGCCUUCAAUACAAUUUCAAUGCCAUUUAACACUGCCUUUUCUACGAAUUAGAACAGCUUACGAUUGAAUUUUUUUGAAAUAUAAGUAUAGCAAUGAACGCAGUACGAUCUG